AGUUACCGCGGACGAGGAGGCGAGUCGGGUGGGAAAUGAGUGGAGGGAGGAAAGCUCUUAUCUCGGCGUAAAAUUAGACAUUACCACAAUGAAUCUUGUUUUGUUUUUAUUAAAGUCGCUAUCUUGUCUUUUUUGAGCGUUGACCGUACAGCUCCGGAGGAACGUUGGUGACAUUGGAGGAUUUGCAAGGCGUUUUAACACCGAUUUUACUUGCGUCGGAACAUUGCCCGACACACAGAUAACGGUUCAUUUUUUUUCCGCAGCCAAUAUGCCGCGGGACAACAAAACUCCUCUUAUCCAGAAAAUAGCAAAGCAAGCCUACAUCACAUUUAAAUGCUUAAAAUCUUCGGCCAACGGGGAUAAUAAACUCGUUACGGACCAACAUAAUGAACUAAUCUCCUUAAUGACCGCGGUCAGGGCUGCUGACCUGAAAAUUGCUCCCCGGAAAACCAAACGGAGCUCCGGGGCAGCGGGGCUCCACAACCCCCCGGUCACCUACAUGCACAUCUGCGAGACGGAGGUGUUCAGCAUGGGGGUGUUCCUGCUGAGGACCGGCGCCUCCAUACCGCUGCACGACCACCCGGGCAUGAACGGGAUGCUGAAGGUUCUCUACGGGAAGGUGAGCGUCCGCUGUUUUGACAAGCUGGAGGAUACCCUGACAGUCAGCACCGUCCCACCUGAUUUUGAGCCUGCGUUGGCUCCGUCCCAGAUGGCCUCCCAGUGGCGCUCCGUGCUCCGCUCCGUCGUUGAGUACUCGGAGAACAGCGGACCGUGCCUUCUUACUCCUCUGCGGGAUAACCUCCACCAGAUCGACACAGUGGAGGGGCCGGCUGCUUUCCUGGAUAUCCUGGCACCUCCGUACAAUCCAGAUGACGGGCGGGACUGUCACUAUUACAAAGUCCUGCAGACUGUGGCAGAGGGGGAAACGGAUGAAAAGAGCAACGAGGAGCAGCAGGGAGAGGAGAAGGAGAAAGAAGACGUGGCAUGGCUGCUAGAAAUCCCUCAGCCAGAGGACUUCUGGUGUGGUGGGGAACCCUACCCAGGCCCUGCAGUUUCCUUUUGAAUGAAGCCUCUGAUCAGAGGAACUAUUCUGCCAUAUAUGACAAUGAUAAAAUAGUCAUAUCCUUCCAUCCACAAGGGGAGACUUAGUUUUUUUCAUUAUUACCUGGGACUCAAAGUGAUUGGUUGCCUUGCUCAGGGAUGCUACAGCAGGGCAGAGGCUUAUAGAAACAGGGACUUCAACUCUGACACCCUACAGAGAAUAGGGACCAAUGAACUGCCUUCCACAAAUUGACAAUAAUCUUGUCAGUACUGAGAAAAGAGUUGACACAAGGAAUUUGCAUUCCUAAUAUGGUAUAUUUUCUUUGGACCAUUUUGUUGCCUUGUACACACAUGAAUGUCUUUAGCCAAAUGUUCUGUAAAUGGCGAGGUGUAGCUUUCCAAACCUGUGAGGCUUGGAAAGCCUUUUACACAUUUUUUCACUCUGCUACAGAAGACUUUCACAUCGUGAUGUGUCUUAAUGCCAAAAUCUGAGGCUCAACACUGACCUGCCUUAUUUGUGAAGAUAGAAUGUAUACUUAUUAAGAGUGCCAUUUGUAUUGUACACACUCAUUUCUAUUUCCAAAGUGCACACACUACAUUAUAUAGUCUACUUUAAUUGUAUUUUGUGUUUAACUUAUUCCAGAUAACAUGGUUCCUACACAGCUCUGGUCAGUUAAGGGACAUUAAGAUGAUGUUGAGCUACUUCUACAUAUUCUGGGAUGUAUUAUACUGUCAUUUCACCUACUUUAACUUGAUCCAGAGUGGUAUGGCUUAUAUAAUGCAUCAUAUUUAAGACUGACCAAAGUCUUCAAACCCAGUCCAAAAGAGUCUAUAAAAAUAUAUUUUAAAAUGAUAGUUGUGAUAGAAAACUUAAACAUGUUAUAAAGCCAACACACUUACACUUUCUUUACUACCUUUUACAUGUAGCUUUAAAAACCUUAUAUCAUUCUAAUCUGUAUGUUACAUUACUUUAGCUUAUAUUUUUGCAGCUAAACAGCUCCUUUGGCCUAUGUUAAGACACACAGGUCUAUGUUCCAGUUUGACUCUAGCUGCAUUUCGACACAAGGUUCUUGGGUCUUUUACGUUCCUGCGGUCGAAACACGGCUAAUGAUUCCGUUACUGUGAUGUUGAAUGUAUGUGGGACAAUAAAAUAGAUGGGAAUAAUCAUGGAACAUCUA